AUGUCUAUCUGUUUUUCUUUUCUUUUCUUUUUUUUGUUGCUACCAAGAGUUACUCAAUUUAUCUACUACUGGCCGAAACAAGUUUUUAUUCAAUUUUAUUUACUCUCACAUUCAGCCCAUCUAUCUAUCUCUCCCACUCACUCAUUAGUUUACUCCGCCCUUUUCUCAUUUUUAUCUCUUCCUUUUUCGGUCACCUUUUUUCUUUUUUCUCUCUUUUCUUUUUGCUUUCUUCCAUUCACCUAUUUUCUUGCUUCUCCCUUUCUAUUUUUUUUUCUCUUCUCUCGCUGCCAUUUUUUUUUUUUUACUUUUCCGGUUUUUACCUGCGCUAAUUUUUCUUUUUUUUUUCUUCCUUCUCCUUUUUUGCUUUUUCUUUCCAUUCUCUAUUCCUUAUUUCUUGAUACUCGCUUUCUUUUACGCUUUUUGAUAUCCUCUUCUUCCCCAACUUUUCUUCCUUUUUUUUAUCUUUCCCGCUUUCGAUCACCUCUUCUAUAUUUUUCUUUCUCCUUCAUUUUUCAUAAUUACUCCAUACUUGCCAAUUUCCUUCUAUCAUUUUGUUGUCUUUCUUUCUUCCACUUUCUCUCCUGUCUUUUACUAUUUCUCUCCCUCUUUUAUCCUUUUAUUAACUCUAUUUCUUCAUUGUUUCCUUCUCUAUCCAUUUCAGUUUUCUUUCUCACUCUUUUCUUUAUCCCCACCUUUUCUAUGACUUAUCUCCCUUCUUUAUUACGCCUCUAUUGUUUUUCUUAUAUUCCGCCAUCUUACUAA